GGGAGGGGGCGCCCGCGCGCUUGCGCCUUGGCUGCCUGUCGGUUGCUGGGUAACCGCGUCAGGGAGGAGUCAGUCUAUCCUACAAGGGCGCCGGGACCCACAGCAGCAGCUGUCCCCAAAGAACCCCUCACGACGCGAACUGAAACAGAAGAGAGUCUGAAUUUCCUGUGCAUGGUCAAGAAGACGGACGAACUCCUCCCCGGAAGAGGGAGCAGGUUUUGUCGGUUUUCAGGGUUUGAAGUGUUUUGCGGAGAUGCCCAAGCAGGCUCGCAGGCAGAGUUUCAACAUUCUCAGAGGAUCCAGGAAGAGAGAUGAAGACUCAGGGACUGAAGUAGGAGAAGGAACUGAUGAGUGGUCCCAGUCCAAAUCUGCAGUUCGACCCCCAGACCAGCUAGAGUUGACUGAUGCAGAGUUAAAAGAGGAGUUCACUCGGAUCUUGACAGCCAACAACCCACAUGCACCCCAGAAUAUUGUCAGGUACAGCUUCAAAGAAGGCACAUAUAAAGGUGUUGGUUUUGUGAACCAACUGGCAGUUCACUUCAGCCAGGUCGGGAACCUGAUCCCGAAAGACUCAGAUGAAGGACGGCGGCAGCACUAUCGUGAUGAGAUGGUGGCAGGUUCACAGGAGUCUGCCAAGGUGGUAACUUCAGACACAGAAGUCCUUGAAGAAGAUGAAGAACCCAAAGAGCCAGAAACUGAAGCUGGGAGCCAAACAGAUGUGCCAGCUGCAACUGAGGCAGCUGAAAAAGAAGAUUUUAUGGCUCCUGUACAACUCAAGGAACGAAAACUCACUAACCAGUUUAACUUCAGUGAAAGAGCAUCUCAGACCUUCAACAACCGUCUUCGGGACAGAGAAUGUCAGAUGGAGCCCCCACCUAGGACAAACUUUUCAGCCACAGCCAAUCAGUGGGAAAUCUAUGAUGCCUAUGUAGAUGAGCUUGAGAAACAGGAAAGGACCAAAGAGAAAGAGAAGACAAAGACCUCAGUAGCUAAAAAAACGGAGAAGCCAGCCAUGAGGAAGCUGACAUCUAUGGAGUCUCAGAGUGAUGAUAUCUCCAAAGUGUCCCAAGCUGCUAAAAUUGUGGAGCGGAUGGUCAACCAGAACACAUAUGAUGAUGUUGCUCAGGAUUUUAAGUACUAUGAAGAUACUGCUGAUGAAUACAGAGACCAGGAGGGUACGCUGCUGCCUCUCUGGAAGUUUCAAAAUGACAAAGCCAAGCGCCUGGCUGUCACUGCCCUCUGCUGGAAUCCAAAGUACAAGGAUCUGUUUGCAGUGGGACACGGCUCCUAUGACUUCAUGAAGCAGAGCCGGGGCAUGCUGCUACUCUACAGCAUGAAGAACCCCAGUUUUCCUGAGUACAUCUUCAGCAGUGAGAGUGGCAUCAUGUGUCUGGACAUGCAUAUGGACCACCCCUACCUGGUGGUCGUGGGCUACUACGAUGGCAAUGUAGCCAUUUACAACCUCAAGAAGCCUCACUUGCAGCCCUGCUUCCGCAGCACAUCCAAGUCUGGCAAGCAUACGGACCCUGUGUGGCAGGUCAAGUGGCAGAAGGAUGACAUGGACCACAACCUUAACUUCUUCUCUGUGUCAUCUGACGGCAGGAUCGUGUCAUGGACACUCGUAAAGAGUGAGCUGGUUCACAUAGAUGUCAUCAAGCUGAAGGUGGAUGGCAGCACGACAGAAAUCCCCGAGGGACUGCAGUUACACACUGUGGGCUGUGGCACUGCCUUUGACUUCCACAAAGAGAUCGACUACAUGUUCUUAGUGGGCACAGAGGAAGGGAAAAUCUACAAGUGCUCUAAAUCCUACUCUAGUCAAUUCUUGGACACCUAUGAUGCUCACAAUAUGGCAGUGGAUGCUGUGAUCUGGAAUCCAUUCCACACCAAGGUCUUCAUGUCCUGCAGCUCUGACUGGACAGUGAAGAUCUGGGACCACACCAUCAAGACCCCCAUGUUCAUUUAUGACCUGAACGCAGCUGUGGGUGAUGUGGCCUGGGCACCAUACUCUUCCACUGUGUUUGCAGCAGUCACCACAGAUGGGAAGGCACACGUCUUUGACUUGGCUGUCAACAAAUAUGAGGCUAUCUGCAACCAGCCCGUGGUGGCCAAAAAGAAGAAUAAGCUUACCCAUGUGCAGUUCAAUCCCAUCCACCCGAUCAUCAUCGUGGGUGAUGACCAUGGACAUAUCACCUGUCUCAAGCUCUCUCCCAAUCUGAGAAAGAUGCCAAAGGAAAAGAAGGGGCAGGAAGUACAGAAGGGUCCAGCUGUGGAGAUCGCAAAACUGGACAAACUGCUGAACCUGGUGAGGGAAGUGAAAACCAAGACCUGAGAGUGUGGCCCCAGGCCCUGUCCCACUUUUUGAACCCAAUACUUACUAGCCCUUGGUCUGGGUACCAGCGUACCUAAGCACCAAGCAUGGACCUCACCCUGAUUAAGUCCUAGUAUCUGCCCUUUUGGUCCUUAAGGUCCUAGUACCUUGCUCUAGGACUUAACCCUCA